AGAAGAUCGAUUUUGUUGUACCAUGGAACACACUGUUUGGCUAAUUGUUCUGUUGACGGUCAUUCCUACGCUAGUCACUGGAGCUAAUAUUCUAUUGCUAUCAGGAGUUCCAUCACCCAGCCAUUCUAUAUGGUUCCGACCAUUGAUGAAUACGCUGGCGGAGAGAGGUCAUAAUGUGACCAUCGUUAGUCCCGAUGUUGAGAAGAACCCUCCAAAAAAUGUGUCAUACAUCCACCUAGAAAAUCUUUAUAGUGAAAUGUAUAAUACAAGUGGUCGUAAAAUGCCGGACUUUUUUGAGAUGCACAAGAAACCACUAGACUUGUUACGGUUUUUGGAUGAGUUUUCGAUAAUAUGCUGUAAGGCUGGAAUCAAAUCGAAAGGCUUCAAACAGUUAAUGGACUACCCAAAACCGUUCAAGUUCGACUUGUUCAUGAGUGAUUACAUGUUUGGUCCAUGUUUUGCAUCUCUGCUGAUGCAUCGAUUUGGAAACCCUCCUUACAUCCCAUCAGCGCCGUACAAUGCGUUGGCAACAUCGUCACCUUUAAUUGGAUCAUAUGCCUACUCGGGUACGAUACCAAACCAUUCAUAUGAUGUCCCCGUCGCGAUGACGUUCUGGGAGCGACUACAAAACUGGUUCUAUGAUUUGUACGAAAUCAUUUCGAAGGAUGUUUACCUGUAUCCGGAGUCUGAUGCCAUCAUUAAACAAAUCUUUCCAAAUUCUCCGAGUGCAAAAGACCUUCAAAGCAGUAUCAGGUUGCUAUUUAUAAAUUCUAAUCCACUGAUUCAGUACAAGGAACCACUUAUGCCGAAUGUAAUUCCUGUUGGUGGAAUGCAGAUUCAAAAAUCGAAGCCUCUUCCCGAGGAUUUAAACCGAAUCGUGAACAAUGCGAAAAAUGGUUUCAUAUUGUUCUCACUCGGAUCAAAUGCCAGAAGUGAUACGCUUGGUCCAGGCCCCAUUCGAGAGAUUCUGACAGCAAUGAAGGCAUUACCUCAGUAUCGAUUCCUUUGGAAGUUCGAAUCUGACGAAUCCAAACUGCCGAUGAAGGUCCCUGAAAAUGUAUACAUCAGAGCUUGGAUGCCCCAGAAUGAUCUACUCGCGCAUCCAAACAUCAAACUGUUUAUCACUCAUAGCGGUCUUCUGAGCACACAGGAAGCAAUUUGGAAUGGAGUGCCAAUAAUUGGAUUUCCACUAUUUGCCGAUCAGUUUCGCAAUAUAAACUAUUGUGUAUCCCUUGGAGUGGCGAAGCGGCUUAUAGUUCAGUACAUGGUUGCAGCUGAGCUCGUCGAUUCAAUUACGGAUAUUUUGACCAACUCUAGCUACAGUGAUAAAAUGAAACGAUUGUCGAUACUGUUUCGAGAUCAACCCGAAACUCCACUGCAGCGCGCUGUUUGGUGGGUUGAAUGGGUUCUUCGGAAUCCUGAUAGUGACAUGCUACAGCCGAGUACCGUCAACUUACAUUGGAUUAAGAAGUACUCGUAUGAUGUUCUUCUUUUUGCAGUCACAGUGACACUCUCGUUACUUUACAUUGCUUUGACAAUGGUUAAAAUGCUGACUAAACAUUUGUCGGAGAGAUCUGAAAGAAAAGAAAAGCAAAGCUAAGUUAGCUAGUUAGUCUUAAUAUUAUAUGGAUUCUUGUGUUUAUGUUAUGGAGAAAAUAUGAACAAGUCAACCCAUUCUUUACUUACCAGGAUUGUCAUGAUUUUGAUUGAGAGGUAUAUUAAAUAGUCGUCACAUCAAAAGCUUUGUAAAUUUAUAUGUUACUUAUUUAUAGAUUUUUUAAAGUUAAGAUGAAGAAUUGAGAAUUAAAAUUUUAAAGUGUCACUUUCAGUUCUUGUAUAAUUCAUAACUUAUAUUUUAUCAGGAUAAUAUCAGAAAACAAUCAGCUGUGUUUGUUAUUAGAAGUUGUGGAUGAUGAACGAUGUAAAUAUACACACUCAAUCUUGUUUGGUAAAAUCCCCAACAGUUGAUUAGGCUGCAAUCGAUAUCAGGUCGUAAAAGAUCAACAAUAAAGAUAGCUUUGAAGACGGCUCGUCGAGCGCAGAGUAAUUGUAGGCUCAUCAAAUUGCACCGAUUUUCAUAAUUUGGUGGAUCUCUCCGGGGUAGCCAACGAAGAGCAAAGCGUAUGAAUCUCCGCUGUAUGAACUCGAUGCGUUUCACCCCAUUGUUAUAGAAUGGAGCCCAUACUACCAAGCAGUAUUCUAAUGUAGAGUGAACAGAGAAAUAAAACAUUUCCAAGCAGGAAAUAUCCCUGAAAACUUUGGUGAACUAAAACAUGAAACCAAGUUGGUUUUAAGCCUUAGCGGAAACGUAAGCAACAUGAUCCUUGAAGGUAAGUGCAGCUAUGGUCGUCGCAAAAUUUGAACUUAUUAGUCGCUAUAUUAGUAUGAGGUUGCAACUGGUAGGAGCGUAUUGAUUUAAGUGAGACAUAAUUGUGAAUUAAUCGUCCAAAAUACUGCAACAAGUACACUCAAUUCUGGUUUAACUCGAUUUUUUUCACCUCUAUUUUUGAUGGUGUGAUCUCAAUUUUCAACCAAAACCUUAAGGACAGAAUAAAAAAAAAAACAUGUGUAAUUAUUCACAAGAUUAAAGCAACCUGUGAUUUGCAAGAUUAUGAAAUUUAACAUAAGUUUAAAUAUAGAGAUUGCUGAUGUUUAUUGUGCGUACGAUGUACAGAGUGAUUCAGAGUAACUGUCAACGAUUUCCCAUAUAUGCCAUUCUCAAUGGGUAAAAUAUAUGUAGAAUAUAUGUUUCUUCAAGAAUUUUUGUUAUGAAGUGUCUACAAAUGUCAUCUUGUAUUGAUAGUAGUAUUAUAAAUUUCAUCUUGUAUUGAUAGUAUUUUUUUUUCCUUGAUUUGUUUUCCGUCGAUCUUGUUUUCCGUGCUGAGCACCAAUGCUACCGACGCCAGGGAGGCAGCUCCUACACCUGGACCCUACCUAUCGACCCAUCAACUCAUGAACCGGGGAUCAACGGCUUUACUUCCCUUCCGAAGGAAGACGUGAUCAUAGAUUUUAUGCCUUAGAAAAUCCCGGUGACGCCUAAUGGGAUUGAACCCAGGCCUGCUGGGGUGAGAGGCAAUCACGCUUACCACUACAACACCGGCGCCGCUUGUAUUGAUAGUAGUAUUAUAAAUUUCAUUCGUUUUCGAUUUUAAGGAGCCAAGGACGUGAAAAAGAAGGGUGUUAUAAAUCUGUAUAAAUUCGUGUGUUAUCUUUUAGAAUCUGAAAUCUCUACAAGUGAAUGAAACAUUUAUUUUUCGCAACAUUAUGUAGGAACCAUGCUUGGAAAAUCUGUUCAAUAUCUGAGCUUAAACGCAUCACCAGGACUCCACAAGCUGGAGCUGAAACGUGAUACCCAGCUGUGAUUAAUUUUGUGACAAAUUAGUAAAUGGAGAGAGAUUUAUAUUUAAGUAUGCUAAGUUGAAGGUUAUAUAAGUAGUAAAUCUCAAUUACACUGAUACAUAUCAAAAAUUCAUUCAAGCGUUCAAUCGUUAUGACCAUUUUUUAAAGUCACAGUUAAUCUGAAUCACCCAUAAGCCAAACGU